UCGUUACCAUUUGACAUUUGUGUUAAGUUCGAGUUCCAAAGAUACAAGUCGCGGUAAUUUGCAAGUUCAGGAAAAUUUUUGUUGUUUACUGAAUUCCCUAAAAUUCCUAGGUGUAUUCAGCGUCAAAUUACAUUGAAGUGUUGCCGUUUCAUGCAGUAGGUAAAAAUUUCAAUUACAUUUAUUAUUUGUUCUAAUAAUGUCUGACAAAAUCGAUGAAUAUUUUGAAGCUGCACUUGAAUUAGUGAAAAGUGCGGGAAACCUUAUAACAGAAUUCAGAGAUGGCUGCAACGUCUUCGAACAAAAGUCCAGUGAUAUCGAUCUAGUCACUGAAGUAGACAAAAAUGUAGAAAAGACGUUAAUAGAUGGACUUACUAAGAAAUUUCCGUCACACAAGUUUAUCGGCGAAGAAUCCGUUGCUGAUGGAGCUAAAUGCAUUUUGACUGACGACCCUACGUGGAUUAUCGAUCCUGUAGACGGCACGUUAAACUUCAUUCAUGGAUAUCCCCAAAGUUGUAUAUCUGUAGGCCUCGCAAUCAACAAGGAAUGCGUCGCCGGAAUUAUCUACAAUCCAAUUCUACAACUUUUAUUUACUGCAAAGAAAGGCAAGGGUGCAUUUUUGAACAAUAAACAGAUUCAUGUAUCACAAACUAAAGAGUUGAGUAAAGCAUUGGUAUCUUUUGAAGCUGGAACUUCUCGAGACUCUGAGAGACAGAGGGUUAUGUUUGAGAAUUUCAAGCUUUUGGUCGAGAAUGGGCAUGGGGUGAGGACAAUUGGGUCUGCUGCAUUGAACAUGGCUAAUGUUGCUUUGGGUGGUAGCGAUGCAUACUUUGAGUUUGGUAUUCAUGCAUGGGAUAUUGCUGCAGGAGAUAUUAUCAUUCGGGAAGCUGGUGGAGUCUGCAUUGACCCAGCUGGGGGACCAUUUGACAUACUCUCUCGGAGAGUGCUGUGUGCAUCUUCAAUUGAACUUGCCCAAGAAAUGAGCAAGGUUCUUAAUCAAUACUAUCCAGAGAGAGAUUAAUGAUGGAAAGUAAUAUUUUUAUUGGAAUUUUAUUACCUUGUUAUAAAACAAUAUAAAAAAUAUGACAUGUGCAAUAAAUGUUCUGUUAUUUGUAUUUAAUUUUAUAAUAUUACCAGAGUGUACAAAUGAUAUUAUAGUGUUAAUGAUUUUAUUUGUUACUUUGUAUGAGUACUUUUAUUACAAAUGUAUGUUGGUAUAGUUUAACCUUAUUGUAUCUUAAAUGCGUAAUAAAUUAUUAAAUACCUUUUAUGUUGAUAAAA